AUGGGGCAUGGAAAAGUAGUUCGAACAAAGCUGGUUAUGGCAGGUUCUUUUUGCUCUAACUUGGACAUUCUAAGCUUUGUUGCUACUGAAGUUAUGAUUGUUAUCAAGGCUAUUGAAUUAGCUUGGAAAUCACACCCCUCCGCCUCCGCCGUCACCUCCGACGCUGCCAGUGGCUCACAGAUCGUUUCUCCACCGCAGCAAUCUGGAUCGCCCUCGAACGCCACUGUGCCUCCCGGCUUGGUCUGGAGGGGGAUUACUCUGCCGACUUCGGUUUCCGGUAGUUUAGGGUUGAUUUCCAGUGCAUUCGGGCUUGGGAUGUGGACCGGGGGAGGCGUGUUGUGGGCUAAGCUCGGGCUGUGGUGGCGAGGAAUUGGUGAAGAUGACAACAGCGAUGGUAUGCCAAGAACUCUGGUUUCAAUGUCAACAACGAUGGAAUAUUCGGUUGAGAUUUAUGAAUGGCAUGGAAAAAGUUGGGAACCAUAUGUUGCCGAUGAUGUCCAAGUGCAGUUUUAUAUGAUGAGUCCCUACGUUCUGAAAACCUUAUCAACUGAUAAGAAGGGUCAUUAUUUUACAGCAUUCAAGGUUCCAGAUAUUUAUGGGGUUUUCCAAUUCAUGGUGGAGUACAAUAGGCUUGGGUAUACAAGCGUAGCUCUAUCAAAGCAGGUGGUCGAUGGAUAUGGGGUUAGCAAAGAAGUUGUACUUCAGCAGAGACAGAUUGAUGGGGUGGUUCUUUUGGUCAUUGAUAUUGCGAGGUUGAGGCUUUACUACAAUGCUAUUGGCCAUGUGGGUGAUGAAGUGAAUAUGCAGUUCCUUAUGGGAUGUUCUUUGUGA